GUUCGAAAAAUAGCUCAUAUCCUGUGUGUACAAUUGAUAUCGCCAUGUUAAUCUCCUCCGUACACACGUCCCUGUGUUAUCAUGGCUCGUGAUUCACCACGGGACUCGGCCAUUGUGUCCAGCUUCUAUCCUCCGUCCGGCAGAUUGCCUCUCACACUCCGUACCCGUCCGAUUCCGGCCUUACUGAGGGACAUACGUGGACAUUUUACAAGACCAACAUGGGACUUGUUGAACACAUCCAUCCCGCACUGGCGGAAGUAGAUUAUCGGAAAUGGACUGUAAAGGUCACCUUUAUUUUUGCGUCUUUCCUGUUCUUCGCUGCCCUGUAUUUGUUAACUGGGCUCGUAUCUAUGACAACAUGGACCUACCGGAACCUGCGCGAGAAAGAGAAGAUGUUUUGGAAGUUGGCGGUGGUCCGCGCCAUGUACGGUAUUUUCUGCACGGUGGUGGGCGUCUGGGCUAUAUUCGUGGACACGGAGCUGGAGAAGGACCCGGUGUUCGCCACAUCCCCCACCAGCUACUUCGCCCUCACCGUGACCGUCGGUUUCUUCGUGUUUGAGUGCGGGGCCAUUCUGAUCUCGGACAUUGUUUACAGGAAGGUCAGUAUUCUUCUGAACAUUCACCACUGGUUGUCACUCCUUGGCUACUCGACCUUAAUGGUCACGGAGGCGGCGCACUGCUUUGGUACUAAAGGACUUAUAUUGGAAAUGAGCACGCCAUUUUCCGCCAUUUGUUGGACCGUACUGAAGGCGGGGAAGGCAGACUCCUUGUUCUGGCACGCCAAUCAGUUUAUGUUGGUCCACACCUUCCACCUUCGUUCUGUGGUGGAGUGCUUUAUGUGGUAUCUGACCUAUCAGCACUGGGAGCGGAUCUGGUCAGCCAUGCCGCUCUCCAUCUUCUCCUUCCUCUACAUUCAGCUCAUCCUCGUCACUUUUCUGAUGACGCCAUAUUGGACCUACAAGAAGACGCAGCAGAUGAUAACCCCCGUGGACUGGAACUUCGAGGACUCGGAGGCCAACAAAGCCAGGAACGGCGAGGCCAAGAAAACCGCGUAACUCGAACUGAAACAAUUAUUGGAAAGCGCGGACGUGACGGAAAACAGGGACGAUGCCUACUAUGUGUAACAGGAUCUCAUCCUCUAUAAUACUCAGUGACUCUGAUUGCCUCCUACCUCUGUUGUCAGCUGUGAUACUCAGUUUAUGUUUAAAUUCGUGAUUUUAUUUGUAACAUUUAACAAUUUUUUAUGUAAAUAGAAAAAAGAAAAUAAAACCAUUUUCAUUGGCUCAUAAGCCGGAUGUAUGUAUACCAUUAAUUGUUACGGCCAGUAGAGAAGUGAUGGUAUAAUCAUGACAAAACCUGUCUCAUGCACUGAUAUAUUUAUCAUACAAUUACAGCAUUGGUUGUCAAUUUAGUAUUUCAUGUCAGGCGGGCAUAAAAUUGAAUUGAUAUUAAACAUACAGUGCCAUCUAAAUAUUCAAUGUCUGCUCACCUGACGGCCAUGAUAACCAUAGUGACCUGUCAAGUUGUGGUGUUUAGAAUUCCAAUACGAUAAACGUAACGUCGAUUUUCUAUCACUUAGUCUAUGUAUCCUGAUAUUAAUUUUACAGUCCAUUUUUAUUCAUCAGAUUUCAUCAAGUAUUGUUGUACACCAUUACAUAAAACAGGAAAAAAUGUAUUAAAACAGUUUGAUGUUGUAAAAUAUAGAAAUAAUUUGAAAUUAUUCUCUUGAAUAAAGAUAUAAUCUAUCGUAUAAAACAAUAUUUAUUUACUUGCACAUUGCAUUACAAUCACCGGUAUUGUAACACAUUAAAAAAAGCACGAAUUUACGCACUUACCAAUUUGUAUGAAGAAAUAAAUACAGAUUUUGAUAAAAACUA